GGCGGGCACCGGGCACCCGACAACGCCGCUGGCUUCAUCAGGCUGGGCGGGUGCGGACGCUGCAGGAGCCGGCGCCAUGACCUUAACACGGCUUGCCGGGUUUCUUGGUUACGUUCCGACUAGAGCGUGGAGGGCAGCAAGAUCACCCCUUCUGUGUUAUUCUUUGAGGAAAACAAGUUCUUCGCAAGGAGGAAAGUCAGACCCUAUCAAACAAUCCCUUAAGAAGCCAAAGUUACCGGAAGGUCGUUUUGAUGCACCAGAAGAUGCCCAUUUAGAGAAAGAACCACUGACAAAAUUUCCAGAUGAUGUUAAUCCUGUUACCAAAGAAAAAGGUGGCCCCCGGGGCCCAGAACCUACCCGAUUCGGAGAUUGGGAACGAAAAGGACGCUGCAUUGAUUUUUAAGCCACGUAUUCUUUAACUUCAGUAUCUUUUUUCUGAAUACAUACAUCUGAAACUUAUUUCUGAUUAUUUUCUUUUUGUAUACCCUCUAAUUAUCUAAAUUCCUGUAACGUGUUUAAAAGUACAUGAGAUGGCUUUAGAAGAAAAUAUGCUGCUAUAAAUUAGGAAAGGAAAAGUAUUUCUGUUAGCACAUUAAUUUUAAUUUAAAUGUAUUGAGGUAUAUAAGUAGUGAUUAGAACUGCAAACUUUUGUUUCAUCAUGUUUUAGUUUAAUCAGUUGCUUAUAAAAUGCAAAUGUAAAUAAAUCAACUUUUUUAAUGAUUAUAUUGACAUGCUAGGUAAUACUGGCUUUUAAAAUGUGAGUGAAGUAGUACAUUAUAUUUGAGAAGUCCACAGAAACAACAGAAAAAGUUUUACUUGGAGUCAGAUUAGUUGGGUGCAAAUCUUAGCUCUACUACUAAUUAUCUAUGUAACCUUGAGUAAGUUAUUUAACUUCUCUGUGCUUCAGUAUCCUUAUGUGUAAAUUUGGAGAUAAUACAGUUUCCGCCUCACAGGGCAGUUGAGAGGUUAAAUGAAUAAAUGCAUGUAACCCAUUUGAAGCAGUGCAUAGAGCAUACCUCUCAGUAAGUAUUAGCUAUGCUUAAAUCAUGAAUGUAUUUUUCCAAGUCUCUAGACUUCCUGGGGAAAAAGAUUAAGAAACUGAAAUUUGAAAUACUUGAAUUUGUUUCACAUGAAUAUAACAUUAAAAAUCAUUAGUUGGAACCUUAGUGAUUAUCUGCAUGGGUGAACUGAGCUGAAAUAGUUUGUGAAACAUAAGAUUCAGGAAGGCGAAUAUGAGAAUGGCAGGGCAUAGAAUGGACCAGCUUAGUCAGUUUUGCUGAUUCAAUAGCUCUUACCCUUGUGGCCUUUGGAUAACUGGGUCAGGAAAAGUCAAGUCCAGUUUAUAGAUCUAGAAUAAAGGAAGAAUGGGAACUGCUGAGCCUCCCUUAAAGCGUCCUUCGCUGUCCUUCAGCCUUACUCAGUCACAGAGAUUGGGUCUUUAGCCCCCAGGCUACACUUAAAUUACAUAGGAAGAAAGGGUUUGUAAAGCCUAUGGAAGAUAGAAUGAGUGGGCCAGUAACUGUGUGAUAUAAGUUAUAAGUGCAAUGAGAAGAUUGUAGGGAGACUUAUUUAAGAGAAUAAACUUUCUUAAAAAGUGUAUUGUUCCUAGAACCAAACUAACUAGUGUGGUAGUUGGGACUAGUCAUUCAGUCUUUAUACCAGUCUCUCUCUCAGUCAACAUUUGUUCUUCUAGUUACAGUUACUGUGUAUGCUGCUAAGUAAUAACCAUAUUGCUAUAAAACGAUACUAUGGUUAAGUCGACCUCCAAUUAGCCCAUAUUACUGAAGGUUUUUAAUAAGUUAACGUUUCAGAAAUAUUGUGUUAAAUUGUAUUGUAUAGUUUUGCUUGGGUUCCACACUAACCAUCAUAAUAUGUGACACAGAAAAGACAACUUACAUAUUUCAAAAACUAAUAUAAAAUAUGUAACAACCAAAGUGUUGCAUCAAGAUAAUAGAAUCUUUAACUUGUGUUAGUAGUAACAUGAUUCAUGACAGCUGUCAAAUAUAUAGGUAAAAUUUGGUGGCAUGUAAAAUAAACAUUUAUGGUCUUUGUUUCCAUCAAAUAAAAAAAGAAACCAGAAGACUUAAAAAAGG